AUGAUAGACUCCGCAGACCUGCACGAUGCGUUGAACACUGAUCUCACUCGACCCAUCCCCGAAUCCACCGUUUCCCAGAUCAUCUCUCUCCCUCCCUUUCUCCCCAUCUCUGGUGUCUCCAAUUUCCGUGACCUCAGCUACGAGAACAACCUCCGACCCGGCUACGUCUACCGGUCGGCCAAUCUCUCAGAUAUUACAGAAGAUGGCAAACGCACGCUGGCUGAGGAGUUGGGGGUGACGACCAUCUUUGACCUGCGCAACGAGAGCGAGCGCGUCAAGGCUCCCGCGCCCCAUAUUGAUGAAAUCGACACGGUCUGGGAACCGUACGGGGCCAAACCGGCCACGUUGAGCCUGCGCGACUUCGCCGGAGAUGACCACGGCGUGCGUGGCUUCGUGAAGAUGUAUUCGGGCAUUCUGGAAGCGUCCGCACCGGCAUUUCACCAGGUCUUUAAGCAUAUCAGGGAUCAACCUGAUGAUCCGUUUGUCUUUCAUUGUUCCGCCGGCAAAGACCGUACUGGCGUCUUGGCCGCACUCAUUCUCUCCUUGAUGGGCCGGCCCCACCAAGAGAUCAUCGAUGAUUAUAUCCUCACGCGGGCGGGAUUGGAGUGUGUGCGUGAGAAUCUGUCUCAGGCGCUGGACUUGGAUGAAGGGACCGACCAUCUCAGUCCCGAGGCUCUCGGCAUGCUGGAGCUGAGCGGUGUACGAGCGCCCGCCAUGGCCGCCUUCUUGAAGCACCUCGAGUCCACUUACGGCAGUGGCGCCGAGGGCUACCUCACUACAAAGCUUGGCUUUACCGACGCGGAUCUUCGGCAGAUGGUGAAGAAUCUGAGCGCGUGA